AUGCCUAAUAAGCCAAUUAAGCAAGGGUAUAAGAUCUUCGCCCUAGCAGAGCGUGGCUAUAUUUGGACGUUUACAUGGAGUCGCCGUCUCUGGGGUAUCGUGGACUUUUCUCGCUGGCCUGAUAUCAGCCCUACCAGCUCUAUGGUACUGGAGAUGAUCCGCAGGCUUCCUGGGCUUAGCCAGGCCAGUAGCCACGCUGCCGGCCAAUAUUGUGGCCAAUCCUGUUGCCAAACCAGCGGCAACUUCGAAUCUUAUUCACCUCUCACAUCGGCUACUAGCCACGCUGCUAGCCACGCUGCUAGCCACGCUGCUAGCCACGCUGCUAGCCACGCUGCUAGCCACGCUGCUAGCCACGCUGCUAGCCACGCUACCGGCCAAUCCAGUAGCAAAUCUAGUGGUCGAACCACGCCCUAG